GAGGAGCUUGGGAGACGUCACGUCUCGGUGUCUUGCGCUACUCGGAGCAGGUCAUAGUGUGGGUCGGAUCACAAACUGAUCUAAAGAUGACUAGCUCAAUUCAUGAUGUACUGCCCCAGAAUUUUGCCUAUGUAAUCCUGACCUAUGUCUAUAGCUACAUCAUGCUCAUGUACCUUGGUAUCAACGUAGGAAAGGCGAGGAAGAAAUACGGAGUCAAGUACCCCCAGAUGUAUUCUGAUAAAGAACAAAUAUUUAACUGUAUCCAGAGAGCACAUCAGAAUACCCUUGAAGUAUAUCCUGCGUGGUUGAUCUUCCAGUUGAUUGCUGGUAUUGCAUUUCCAUUAUCUGCCGCUGUCCUUGGAGCUAUAUGGGUGACUAGUCGCUUUUCAUAUGCUUGGGGAUAUUAUACUGGAGACCCAGAGAAGAGAAUGAAGGGCGCUUAUGGCUACAUCGGACUGCUUGGUAUACUCUUGCUGUCAAUAACUGCCGCUUUGCAACUUCUUCACAUUGUUUGAUUUUAAAAAAAACAUUGUUACAGUUUAUGAAAUUGUCAGCAUUUUCUUUCUUUUUUUUUUUUUUUUUGUCAAUUUUCUGAAACUGAAUAAAAUUACCAUUUUUUUUUU